CACCCAGGUUCACGCUGUUAUGACUAGGGACUCCGCACAGUAUAAACAGAUGAUGCAGACUCUGAUGACCAUGAUGACAACAGACCAUGAUGGUGGUUGUGGAAUCACUGAUCAAUAAAUUUGAGGAAGAUCCGCUGAAGAAAGAGGAAAUGGACAGAAAGAGCCAACAUGAGCAGUCAAGCAGCCAUUACACUGACAACUGUUCAUUCAAUUAGGUUGUUUUUGUAUAGGUUUAAAUAAGUUACAGAGGCUGCUGUUGUUUCUUUGACAAGAAUAUUAUCCUGUUUAUCUCAGCCUUUCACAUACUAUCACUGUACGUUCAUACUAUAAACUGAAUGAUUAACUAAUGUCUUUGAUUUCAACACGUAGAGCUAUGCAUUCAUCAAGCAUGAACAACUGCAAGUCAUUGCUGAGAAGCUUGACCCCGGUAGACCACGAGAGGUGAAAACUCCUCUGAUACACUCACGUCCCAUAGUUUCAAUUGUAGAAAGAGAGAACUGUCAUUCUGAUUCAGAGAUGAAGCAGUCAUCCUGAUCUAUAUAAUCGCAGCUUCGCUUGGAAGCUUUGCAGUCGUUGUGGAAUGCCCCUCCCUCUGAUGUCCUGAGUUGUGAAAGCUGGACUGGCCUGCGCCGAAACCUCUCUGCUGCACUCACUGACCCUGACCCUGAGCUCAGUGAUAAAGUCCUUCAAUUUUUUGCAAAGACAUUUUCAUCUUCUCCGUUAAAUGUGACUAAGGAUGUCUACAUUAGCAUAGCGAAAAGCUUGGAGGCUAGUUUCCUCUACCAUAAGUUGAGUUUUCCAAGUGGCUCUACAAGUAUUGAUGCGAACAGACCAGAUAUGGCCCGUCUUCUCAAACAAGUACAUGGAGGAAAUCAUUGAGAACACCCUCUCUUUUCUCGCUCUGCAUUCUGAACAGGCCAUGAGCAGACCCGGCUCAGAGAAAUCCCUGGAGCCCAUAUACUUAAUCUCUCUGCUCGAUAUCAAUGCCACCUUGUUUAAGAAAUGGAUGCCUAAAUUAAAUUCCCUAGAAAGUGCCUUGACUAACGUUGCAGACAUGCUGGCGAGGAUCGCUACCACUGAACGAGGUUUAUCACUCCUGCUUUAUGACAGAAAUCUUGUCUCGGCCGAGGGUGGAAAUAUUUCAGCUGUACAUGGGGUUGUGCAGUUUACCCAGAGGCUGUUGGCAAAAGAGCUGCAUGUGUUCAAUGAGCUGGAGAUUCCUCCCGCCGUGAGCGGGGCCUUCAUCUUUGUCUGUCGGCAGAUGUACAAGACCUGCGAGGGGCUGCAAGUUCUACGGCCAUACAGCCUGCAUAAGUACAUCACUAAAGCCUGGAGAAAGGUGACCUUUAUGCACACUAGCCUCACUAUGGCCCUCACUUCAUUGUUGCUGAAUCUUUUGUCUUGGUUCUGCAGGGUGGCCUGGGAACAGAUGCUCUUGGACAAUCUGCUGAAUUUCGCUGCCACACCAAAAGGACUGCUGCUCCUCCAACAAACUGGAGCCAUCAAUGAGUGUGUCACUUACAUGUUCUCAAGAUUCACCAAAAAACUACAGGUUAGCAGGUGUGAGAAGUUUGGUUAUGGUGUGAUGGUGACCCAGGUGGCCACUACAGCCCCAGGCAUCGUGGCUUUUGCUAAGCUCAGUUUAACUUUGACUGGGAUCACAGUAUUUGUCCAGACAAUUGUGGUGGAGUUGUGGUCAGCCUUGGAGUAUGGUAGAGAGGAUGCAAGGGUGGUCCAUCCUAAAUCUACUCCAAUGGACCCUAUCGACAGGAGCUGUCUUAAAUCCUUCUUGUCUCUAGUGAAUCUGCUUUCUUCACCUCAUGCUGUGUGGGAGCUGCUGGGACAUCGAGCGUUUCCUAACAAGAUGGAGUACAAUCUGAGAGAGAUGGCCACAUCAGUUUUAGACCUGAUGGACCGCCUCAUCAUUAUUAACUCUGACACAAAGAUUCACUCCCUUUUUAACUAUGAGCAAUCUCACACGUUUGGCCUGAGGCUCUUGAGCAUGCUGUGCUGUAACCUGGAUUCUUUUCUUCUGCUGGAGUCUCAGUAUAACCUCUCUGAGUUACUGCUGCAGGGUCAGCGGGACAAUGUCACAGAGCUGCCCUCGGGUGAAGGAGUCAGAGAUCAGUACUUUCUUGGCCUCGUCUAAAGAAACUGAGAGAGAUGCUAGCAGGAUGGAUGACUGCAGAAGACAGUUCAUGGCUACAAACACUCUCACUGGAUAUGGUACAUCUCCCUAUAGAGAUCGCUCAGUAAGGCAUUCAUCCAAUCUACUCCUGCACCGCUCAUUACGUCGAGAUGUUGCUCAAGGCUGAGGUUCCUCUGUUUUUUUCUGCCUUCAAGAUGUCUGGCUUCACUCCCUCUCAGGUGCUGUAUUUUAAGUACUUCAUUUUAAUCACACCACUUCAAUCUUCUCCAUUUGUAAUAAC